AUGAGGGGGGUGAUGAAGACUUCAGUUGUUCACAGUCUCUCUCUGGAUUCCCUCAGCUUGACCGACUUAUCAGAGCUGAAGCUCAUCAGGGAGGAUCUGUCCACUGAAGAACUGUACCUGCAGGCUAAGCUGGUGGGAGUCGUUCCUGUCAGAUACUUCCUUAGGAACCUGGGCUCUGCCACCAUUAACCUCAACCAUCACGGACUCGGUCCUCUGGGAGCAAAAGCCCUGGCCAUCGCGCUCGUGACAGACAUGCACACCACAACCCUGGAGCUGGCAGACAACUUCCUGUUAGCCGAAGGAGCCAGAUAUCUCAUGGAGAUGCUGAGGGCCAAUUUCACCAUUCACAAUCUUGAUCUCUCUGACAAUCAUCUUCAGUCUGCUGGAGCCGAGUGCGUCGCAAAGAUGCUCCUGGAAAACAUUUCCAUUAAAUCCUUAAAACUGUCGGGGAAUAAAUUUGCUGAAGAUGAUGCCAGAUGGUUUGCAGAUGCGUUUGCUAGCAACUACAGAGUGAAGGAGCUGGAUUUGAGUCACAAUCAGUUCUGCGGCAGAGGCGGUGAACAUCUGGGUCAGAUGAUAGCAAAUAAUGACGGUUUAGAAGUUCUUGACCUGAGCUGGAAUGAUCUGCGAAUGAAAGGAGCUGUAGCUUUCUGUGCUGGACUGAAGGUCAACACGACUUUGAAACACUUAGACCUCUCGUUUAAUGGCUUUGGAAAUGAGGGCGCUUUGGCUUUGGGUGAAGCGCUAAAGUUCAACAAUACGCUGGUUCACCUGGACCUCAACAACAACCGCAUCAGCGAUGAAGGAGCGAGCCUGCUGUGUAAGGGCCUGGAGGCCAACGACACGCUCAGAGUGCUGCAGCUGGCGUAUAACUCACUGACAGUGGAGGGAGCUCUUACUUUGAUCAAUGUGGUCAAGAACACACCCAAAACUGCCAUCGAGGAGAUCAACAUAUGCAACGUGCUGGUGAAUGAGAACUUCGUGCAGCUCUUGGAGCUGAUCUGUCAGGAACAUCCCAGUCUGGAGGUGCAGUAUGGAGGCGUUGGAGGCUUCAUCGCCAAAAAGCCUCGCAAACGCAUUGACCCCAUGAAAGUCAUUCAGGAUUACCUUGAUCAGCGCAAGCUUCGCCUGUGGGACUUCUUCCGUAACAUCGACAAGGACGGGACAAUGCGUGUUCCUGUCGUAGACUUCAGGAAAGCCGUUCAGCAAUCCAGCAUCCCACUGGAGAAGUUCCAGAUUGAGGAGUUGAUUCAGAGACUGGACAGAGACCGAACAGGCAUAGUGGACUACAGAGGCCUGGCAGACACUAGGAAACAGAUGAUGCGAGACCACAGGCGCCAACUGCGAAAAGUGGAGUCCCGGCAGAAGAAGGAGAAGCAGAAGAGCGACAGGAUCCUAAAAACCUUUGAGAGCGCCGUAGAGGCCGUCACUCCACGGAGCUCCAUGAUAAUAUCACCAGGUGCUGCCAAAGAGGACUCCAGCGGGCUUCAGCCAUUCUCUGCCACCCCGCUCAGCUCCUGGCAUCACAUAAUCAUGUCCAACAGCAGCCGCUACUCUGUCAAUAACAUGAGCAGCGAGCAUGUGCAUCUUCCUAUGAUAGGGAACCCCUCGAGCUCACCAGGCAUGCGCUCGUAUUCCCAGCCGAAUCUCUUCGCCAGCAUCCAAACCAUCACCAGCAAACCUGCUUCUGCCCAGGGAAUGCACUCGAGGUCCAACCCAAGCGUGUCCAGCAGUAAAACUCGCCCCACAGCCAACCUGACCAGAUCCAGGCCCGCGCUAAACACUGACCAAACAGUAAAACAAGAGGUAAGGGGGAAGAAAAAGAAGACCAAGAAAAGAAAAGAAAAGAUAUAACACCAAAUGGACAUGGUGUCCUUGUGGUGAUGAAGACUUUCAGUGAAUAAGGACAUUUUCGUUGGCCUUUUUCUUCUUCUUGUAUGGAUUUUGUCACAAUGUUUAGAGAGGAUUAUAAUGUGUCCAACAAUGU